CUCUUUUUUUUUUUUUUUUUUUUUUUUUUUUUUCUUUUUAAGUAAUGGAGGGAAGAGAUGGUGGUGCAAGUAGUGGAGUUACUGUUGUGGGAUCAGAUGCUCCAUCGGAGUAUCAAAUAGCUCCCAGAACCACUGAUAACCCACCGCAGACCGGUGGAUCAACGCCAUCUGCGGCGGAGGCGGCGGCUUCUCAACCAGCUUCGACUCCGCUGCCCACGGCGGCCUCCUCAGUUCCGGGAAAGAAGAAAAGAGGGCGGCCGAGAAAAUAUGGACCCGAUGGCUCUGUCAGUAUGGCUCUGUCUCCGAAGCCAAUAUCAUCAUCGGUGCCGCCGCCGGUGAUCGACUUCUCGACGGAGAAGAAGGGGAAAGUGCGGCCGGCGAGCGCUGUGAGCAAAAGAAAGUUCGAAGUGGAUAAUUUAGGUGACUGGGUUCCAUGUUCUGUUGGUGCAAAUUUUACACCUCAUAUCAUCACUGUCAACACAGGCGAGGAUGUCACAAUGAAGAUAAUAUCCUUUUCUCAGCAAGGGCCUCGAGCUAUAUGUAUUUUGUCUGCAAACGGUGUGAUCUCAAGUGUCACUCUCCGUCAGCCUGACUCCUCUGGAGGAACACUAACAUAUGAGGGUCGCUUCGAAAUACUGUCCUUGUCUGGCUCAUUCAUGCCUAGUGAUAAUGGAGGAACUCGAGGUAGAUCUGGUGGAAUGAGUGUUUCCUUAGCAAGUCCAGACGGGCGUGUCGUAGGCGGUGGAGUAGCUGGUCUAUUAGUAGCUGCAAGUCCUGUUCAGGUCGUAGUAGGGAGUUUUCUAUCUGGAAACCAACAAGAGCAGAACCCAAAAAAGCCAAAACAAGAUACUAUUUCAACGGCCUCUCCAACCGCUGCCAUUCCGAUAUCUUGUGUCGAUCCUAAGUCCAACCUCUCCCCCUCGAGCUCCUUUCGUGGCGAUAACUGGUCGAUGCUGCCAAAUGAUUCAAGGAAUAAGCCAACUGAUAUCAAUGUACCCCUACCCAGUGCAUGAUCUUGACCUCCAUAGCUUAUUGUGGAAGUCUCCCUCUCACAUCUAGUUGGUGGAUUUCACAUCUUGGUUCAAGGUCUCUGUAACUUACCACUGUACUUCCAAUGUAGAAUUUCAUACCCCCACUGCCCUGUUCAUCCUUCUCAGUUAGCUUUUCACUUGGUAGAGUAGCUAUAAGCUCCCCGACGCAACCGCGUCGAGUAGAAUAGUUUGAUGUAAUGGGAAUACAUUCACUUUACUUCAUACCAAUGGAUUGUAAUUUUAUGCUUACUUCUUUUCA